AUGUACAAACCUACGCCACCACGAGAAAAAAAGACCAAAAUCACCCGUUCCCGAACAGGGUGCAAGGGAUGCCGACAGCGCCGGGUGAAGUGUGACGAGAAUAAGCCAUGUGGAGCGUGUACACGCCUUGGAAGGACCUGCGAAGUGAUCGGACCGAGUUUUGAUUUUCGCAACGCUUUUGUUGUGCCGAAUAACUCCUCAACUAGCCUUUGGCGCCCCAAACCUUUGAGGGUUGUCUACGCUAAAGACUCGCUGGCGCCGGCAUCAGUCGCCCACAAUACAGAUAAUGCUGAAAACCAACCAGAUCAGACCUUUGCCAACCGCAUAGAUGAUGAUUUGGACCAAACUACAAGGCCUUCGAUUUCUCACACGUCGCUGUCACCAAAUCCUCUUCCUGGUCCCGUUGUUGUGAAGUCUCUCAACAGAUCGGAAAACGAACAUUUCUAUAUCACACACUGGGACAAAUCCUGUCUCAGUGCUCUGGAUGGAUCUUUUGAGAGAUUCACCACACUUGCCAUUAAUUAUACACCGUUGAAGCAUGCACUUCUGGCUCUGUCGGCCUGCAAUUUAAGCCGCAUUUGGCCCGAGAGCGAUACAUUUUCACCCGCGAUGACAGGAUAUCGGCCUCACCGAAAUCAUCAAGCUGCCAGUCAGUACUAUUACUCUUCUGCCGUUGGUCAGGUGGCAAGAGUCAUUAAUCAAGUCUCCUUGCCCUCUCCCACGAACACACUGGCUGCCUUGAUUCUGUUCUGCUACUUGGAAUCCACAAUGGGAAACUUCACAGCCUUCCAAUUUCAUGCAGAUGGGAUCGCAAAGUUUAUGCAAGUGAAAUUUGCAGAAAUUCCACCAGAUAUAGGGAAUCAGCUUCUUGCUGCAUGGAUUCUUGCCAGGUACCAAAAUUGGUGGCGUAGGAUGAACUAUAGCUCGUUUUCCUUCCAGCGAGCUCAGUCUUCGCUACGGCCGACCGAGGAAGUUGCAAAAAGUCUCUUUUCAGUUAGCGCUAAAAGAGCGAUUGUGGUCUCAAUCCUGUGCGAGUCAUACCGAAUCCACACAAUCAGGGUCUUAAAACUUUGGGCAGACCCGAAGCAAAUAUCUGAUCCUAAAGCCGAAAAUUAUAUUGCGCUACUUGAUUACGAAUCGCAAAAGUUAGAAGACUGGCACUCGACCCUCAUGGAUUCUGAGCUUCCGAUUGAGUGCUCCUCGCACGUUGAACCGUCCGCAAAGAACGGACUUCUACCACUCGUAUUCGAAUCGCACGACUCGGCAAUGAACUACGCUUACUACGUUGUCUCACGUAUCAUGCAAUGCACUGAUAUUUUGUACCAGCAACUCCCUCGCUCCGAGUAUAUACAAGAGAAGAAGGAAGAGACAAUCUCCCACUGGACGCGCCUGUUAGUCCGGAUCACUAUUGGUCUUGACGUCACGGAAUGUGCCAAGAAGAACGUUUAUUCAAUUGGAGUCUCUAGCCUUCUCAUGGCAUGUCUUCUUAGGUGCCAUGACCAAGAAAUAGGUCAAUGGAUCGAACAUUGGCUCCAGAGAUGGAAAGAGCUGAACGUCCUCGAAGAAGGAAGCUUUCCUAUCGCACAGGUCCUGCAGGUUGCUACUCUAGUCAACAAAGAGAGAUCCAUUGGCAACUACAUAUAUCACAUUGGACUUCCGGAGGAUGAUGGGGGUGGCAGUGGGAAAUACGCGUCCUACAAUAGUCAGCAUGUCGAUACCCUUGUGGUUAAAGGCAUGCGCAGUGAGCUUGGACUCCUGUAUUCUGAGACUUUAUCUAUCGCCGUGGGUCAAUAA